AUGGCUGCCGUCAUGGCAGAAGUCCCUCUUGUUGCAGAUGGUGAAUUUGCUGUGGGGAUGAAAUUCAGUUCAAGGGAAGCUGUUAUUAAGGUGAUGAAAGAGUAUGCCAUCCGGAGAAGUGUAGACUAUCAGGUGUAUGAGUCAGAGCCGAUGACCUUUUAUGCCAAGUGUACACAGUAUAGGGAGGAGUGUGAUUGGCUUAUCGGGGUUAGCAUGAUCAGCAGAAAGUACUGUUGGGUUAUUAGGAGGUUUAAUGGUAGUCACACCUGUACCAGAGCCACCAUUUCUCAGGAUCAUUCGAAGCUGGAUUCUAACACAAUUGCAGAAGCAAUAAAGCCAUUGGUUGAGGCUGACCCCUCCUUAAAGAUAAAAUCAGUUAUUGCAGAAGUGCAAUCGAAGUUCAAUUACACCGUCAGUUAUCGGAAAGUAUGGUUGGCUAAGCAAAAGUCAGUAGAAAAAAUAUUUGGAGGUUGGGAAGUAUUGUACGAAGCUUUGCCGAUUUGGUUUGAGGCCAUGUGUCAUAAGGAGCCAUCAGCUAUCGUCCAUUUUGAGACUAUGCCUACAUACCAAGGCGAUGACUUGGUGGAUGGGACUCACUUGUACGGAAAGUAUAAGGGUUAUUUGUUAGUGGCAGUAUCACAGGAUGAUAACAACAAUAUCGUCCCAAUUGCAUUUGCUAUUGUGGAGGGAGAGACUUCUGAUGCGUGGCACUUUUUCCUUAGUAGCCUGCGACAACAUGUUGUGACUCGGGAUGGUGUGGGGCUGAUAUCCGACCGACACGAAUCCAUCAAUGCAGCUGUGGCUCGCAGGUAUUUGAGGACGGUGCAUGAGUACGAAGUGCGUUAUCAGCGGUUACGAGAACGGGGCGAGACUUACACUAACUGGUUAAAUUGA